GCCUCGAGGGAGGAGGAGCCUGAUUGGUUCGCGCCGGCCGUGACGCGGGAGCUUUCCUUGGCCGAAGAGGAGGCGCCUUCUUCGGCGUCGCGUCUUACGCGAGGCCCCGGCUUUGAGGCCUGCGCGGAAGGUCGGGGAGGCCUUGGCCGCGCGGGGAAGAGCUCUGAGCUUGAAUGAAAAUGUCGCUUUAUGAUGAUUUGGGAGUGGAGACCAGCGAUACGAAAACAGAAGGCUGGUCCAAAAACUUCAAACUUCUGCAGUCUCAGUUGCAAGUGAAGAAGGCAGCUCUCACCCAGGCAAAGAGUCAGCGAACAAAGCAAAGCACGGUCCUUGCUCCUGUGAUUGACCUGAAGCGAGGCAGUGCAUCUGAUGAGCGACAAAUUAUAGACACCCCUCCUCAUGUGGCAGCUGGCCUGAAGGACCCCGUCCCCAGUGGCUUUUCUGCAGGAGAUGUCUUGAUUCCUUUGGCUGAUGAGUAUGACCCCAUGUUCCCCAACGAUUACGAGAAAGUAGUAAAACGCCAGCGGGAAGAACGGCAAAGGCAGCGUGAGCUGGAGAGGCAGAAAGAGAUUGAAGAAAGAGAGAAGAGGCGCAAAGACAGGCAUGAGGCGAGUGGAUUUUCAAGGCGGCCGGAUCCAGAUUCUGACGAAGAUGAAGAUUAUGAAAGAGAGAGGCGGAAAAGAAGUAUGGGAGGAGCUGCCAUCGCACCACCCACUUCUUUGGUUGAGAGGGACAAAGAACCUCUAUCGUCGUCGUUCCCGUAUGAAGAAGAGCCCAGGCCUCGCGGUUCAUCAUCGUCCAAAGCAGCCAUUCCUCCCCCGAUGUACGAUGAGCCCGAGAGGCCUCGAUCCCCAACAGGACCCAGCAAUUCCUUCCUUGCUAACAUGGGUGGCACAGUGGCGCACAAGAUCAUGCAGAAAUACGGCUUCCGAGAGGGCCAGGGUCUCGGGAAGCACGAGCAAGGCUUGAGCACGGCACUGUCAGUGGAGAAAACCAGCAAGAGAGGUGGCAAAAUUAUUGUCGGCGAUGCUGCUGAUAAAGCAGAUGCCUCCAAGAAAUCGGAUUCGAAUCCCUUAACAGAGAUACUGAAGUGCCCUACCAAAGUGGUUCUGCUACGGAAUAUGGUCGGAGCUGGGGAGGUUGAUGAAGACCUGGAAGGCGAAACCAAGGAGGAAUGUGAAAAAUAUGGCAAAGUGGGGAAGUGUGUCAUCUUUGAGAUUCCAGGGGCGCCUGACGAUGAAGCGGUGAGAAUAUUCCUAGAGUUCGAAAGAGUGGAAUCUGCAAUUAAAGCCGUUGUUGACCUGAACGGAAGGUACUUUGGUGGACGAGUGGUGAAGGCAUGUUUCUACAACCUGGACAAAUUCCGAGUCUUGGAUCUUGCGGAGCAAGUCUGAUUUUCCUCCCUGCCGCCCACCCGGAGGCCAAACAUGGAUGCAUCACGCCAGGAAUCUCAUGUUCUUCCAACUCCAUCCUGGGAUUGGAGCAAGAGACAGCGUUGUUUAGAACAAACUGGAACUAAGUCCUUGAAUGGAUGUUUCUCGUUCGUUGUGUUGGACUGUUUAUAUUUUAUUGUGGUAGAAAAUUCCAUAAAUAUAAUUGCCUGUUUUUCUUUAA